AUGAGUCGCAACUUUCUCCCCGCAGUCCUCGCUAUUGGCGUGGGCGUUUUCACAGGUACUAUUUCCAUCGACACCCAAUUACCAUCCGUUGAUCGUGCAGCACUAACCGCCCCAAUUCUUCUUUUAUCGGACACAGGUUACUACACAUUCCAACCGGCCUUCCAGCAACUCGAGUUCGAGAAGGCAAAUGCUCGCCAGUCUUCUUUGUCCAAGCAAGAUGCCAAUGCGUCCAGCCAGCCCUCGGCUUCGUCACAAUCCCAGGCCCAAGCCGCAGCUGCUGGCUCGAAACCGGGGGCGGAAAAUUAA